AUGACACAAUUUGUUAAAUAUACUUUUGGAGAUUCUGAUGAGCUUCCAAUUGAGCUUGAACUUGACAGCAAACCUAUUUAUCGAGUCUAUGAUACUAAAUCAAUAUCACCAUUAUCUGAGAUGUUAGUCAAGCAUCGUUUUUCAAAAUUAUAUUCCAAAUUACCUAAAUCAUUAACAGAUAAUUUAAAGCCAUUUUAUAUUCGUUCUAAAAUUCAACCUAAUCCAAAUGAUAUAACAGUCUCAGCAUUUGUUACUGAAAAUAGAUUUGAAGAUUUAAUUAGGCUUGCUGAGUUGUGGAAAGGGCCUAUAUCAGCAACUUUACACAUAAUUAAUUAUGAAAAUGACAAUAAAAGCUAUUUAGAUUCAAUGAUAGCAUUAAAAAAUUUAUUUAAAAAAAAUCAAAAAAUUACAAACCAUGACACAUGGCCAUAUUCAUCUGAAUUAUAUACAAAAAUCAAAGACUAUUAUAUAAAAUAUCUUGAAAAAAAUAAUAUUAUUAUUUUACCAACAUUUGUAUUUAUAAACAACUCAUCAUCAAUAAUGUCAUCCUUAGAUAAGACAUCAGAAGCAUCAAUGGAAAACAAUAGUUAUAAUAGUGUUGAUCAUAUAUUACAAUUUCCUAAUAAUAGAGAUGAAUUAAUUCAUUUGGUUAAAGAUGAUAAGAUGGCAUUAUUAGAUAGAGGUUGGGAACUUAAUAAUGGUCCAACUUGUCUAGAUAAAUUCAUGAAAAGGGAAGAUAAUUUACCUUAUCAACUAGAGACUUAUGAUUUUUAUUAUAAACCAAAUUUCAUAGUCAAGAAGAAUGGUAAAAUCCCAUGGUGUACUGAACGUUUUGAUGAUAAUAAAGCAGCUUGUUUACUUCAAAUAGAAUAUUUAGCUUUAAAUAAAUGGAAAACACAAAUUUCAGCUCAAGUUAGAAAAGAAUGUCGUAGGGUUAUAUCAAGCUUGGGAGAGGGGAUUAGGAAAAAAUAA